AUGAAUACUAACGAUGAUUCUGAUGAAGACCAUCUUACAAAUUAUGAUAUUCAACUCAGUAUUCAAGAAUCCAUUGAAGCCAGUAAGACAGUAUUUUAUCCUGAAAGAUUUGUACCUCUAAGUGACCAAAACAGAAAACUUGUGAAGGCCAUAAAACAAGGUCAGAUUCUUGAGCUCCAAGACUAUGUGAAAUAUAAAGAUGCAUUGGAUGAAGCUGAUGAACAAGGAUGGUUUCCAUUGCAUGAAGCUGUUGUCCAACCUCUUCAACAAAUACUUGAAAUUGUUCUGGAUGCAUCCUAUCAAACACUCUGGGAGUUCAAGACUUGUAAUGGAGAAACGCCCUUGACUUUGGCGGUCAAAGCUGGUCUGGUGGAAAACGUAAGAACUUUACUAGAAAAGGGUGUGCUAACCGACACCAAAAAUGACAAAGGAGAGACACCCCUUUUGAUUGCUGUGAAAAAGGGUUCCUAUGACAUGGUGUCUGUUCUGAUUAAACACAACACCAGCCUUGACCAACCCUGUGUCAAACGAUGGUCGGCAAUGCAUGAAGCAGCCAAGCAGGGUCGCAAGGACAUCAUUGCUCUGCUUCUAAAACAUGGCGGAAAUGUCCACCUGAGGGACGGAUUUGGAGUCACACCCUUGGGUGUCGCUGCUGAGUACGGCCACUGUGAUGUGUUGGAGCACCUAAUCCACAAAGGUGGUGACGUAUUUGCUUUGGCGGAUGAUGGAGCGUCAGUGUUGUUUGAAGCAGCAGGAGGGGGCAAUCCAGACUGUAUUUCACUCCUGCUGGAAUAUGGAGGAAGUGGAAAUGUACCUAAUAGAGCAGGACACCUCCCUAUACACCGAGCUGCCUAUGAGGGUCACUAUCUUGCUCUGAAAUAUCUUAUCCCAGUAACAUCCAAACAUGCAAUCCAGAAAAGUGGGCUAAGUCCAAUUCACUCAGCAGCAGAUGGACAAAAUAUACAGUGCUUAGAACUGCUCAUUGAAAAUGGUUUUGAUGUCAACACUCUGCUGGCUGACCACAUUUCCGAGAGCUAUGAUGACGGAAGGAAGACAGCGCUCUAUUUUGCCGUUUCUAAUAACGAUAUCCGAUGCUCUGAAGUCCUGCUGGCUGCAGGUGCUGAUCCCAACCUGGAUCCGCUCAACUCCCUUCUUGUGGCAGUGAGGGCCAGUAACCACGAAAUCGUCCGGCUGCUUCUCUCCCAUGCAGCCGAUGUCAACUGCUACUUUAUGCACGUGAACGACACUCGGUUCCCCAGUGCCAUUCAGUAUGCCCUAAAUGACGAGGUAAUGCUCAGGCUGUUGCUGAAUAAUGGCUACCAAGUGGAGUUGUGUUUUGACUGCAUGCACGGGGACAUCUUUGGGAACUCUUUCGUGUGGUCAGAGGUGGAGAAAGAGGUACUGCCCGGGUGGACGUCUUCUGUAAUCAAAGAUAAUCCGUUCUGUGAGUUUAUUACAGUUCCUUGGAUGAAGCACUUGGUAGGCACCGUUAUCCGCAUAUUAAUAGAUUACAUGGAUUAUGUCCCUCUGUGUGCCAAGUUGAAGUCUGCACUAGAAGUACAGAAAGAAUGGCCAGAAAUCCGUCAGAUACUAGAGAAUCCUUGUUCACUAAAGCAUUUGUGUCGGUUAAAAAUUCGAAGACUAAUGGGUCUCCAGCGCCUCUGCCAGCCAGUCUCCAUGGAAAAACUUCCUCUGCCAACAACUAUACAAAGAUACAUAUUAUUUAAAGAAUAUGAUCUGUAUGGACAAGGACUGAAGUUGCCAUAA